AUGGAGCCUAUACCACAAGAAUCCGAUCAAAGGCCGUAUUUUCUGCAGUCAAGUGGAACACAAGCAAAAGCACAAGUUGAUAGAAUCCAAUAUUCUGGCCAAACACAAAUAGCCCACCAACAGAACAAUCCAUUCCCAAGACCUUUACAUGUCCAAGCCCAUGAUACAAUCGAGUGUGUCAACAACGAGCAAACAGAGGCGUAUCCAUGCCAAGCUCAGAAAGAUAACUCGUGUUCGUCAUCCACUAUUGCGGCCACAACAGCAAAGCGUGAAUCAUCUGUGAUGAGUUCUCUUUUCAAACCCUCUCACCGUCGCAGACCAUCAUCAGUAGAAGGUUGGGACUCUGGUGAUGAUGAAGAGCUUGAUCAGACGAUCACUCCAGCCGGAUCUAAUACUAUGCCUACAAAUGAGAAAAGCCCCUGGCUUCGAAGAGAGAACGCAAAGCGGAAGCAGGUCCGAAGAUGCUUGUGUUUAGCGGUCAUCCUUUGCUUCUUGGUCCUCGGCACCGUCCUCGCGUUCGCUUUUCGCGAUGAGAUUUUCUCACGCAAUCAACAAGGACCCUCUGUAAAAAGGGAAGAAGUCAUUACUCCACAUUUACAAGGGAUUGAGGAAACCUAUCAUGUCAACAAAACCAUUACACCUGAUCCUCGCUUAAAGAAGAUCUUUUAUGGUAUUGAUUAUACGCCACGCGAUUCGCAGGAGCCUGGUUGUAAAGUUAAUUUAGGCCAUGUGAUCGAGGAUAUGAAGGUGCUUUCUCAAUUGACCAAUAGGAUUCGACUCUACGGUAUGGCUUGUCAACAAUCAGAAGCGGUGUUGAAGGCAAUUGAAUACCUUGACUUGCCUGAGAUGGAGAUCAUCUUAACUCUCUGGGUCGAUCACAACAAUGCAUCCUGGGAAAAGCAAUCCCGUGUUUUUUGGAACCUGAUCGAUCAUGAACUCCGAUCCGACUCUGGCUUUAUCAGCAAUAUGGAUGGACAAAGCAGUGUCAAAAAUGAUGAUAUGAUUACCAUCUCAAAGGUAGCAUCAAGGAUCAGUGGGAUUUCCGUAGGUAAUGAAGUAUUGUUCCGAAACGAAAACAAGGCCACGACAAAGGAGUACGUUCCUCUGAGUGUGCUCACCGGAUAUAUUGAUGAAAUCCGCACUGGAUUGGCCACGAGGGCAGCGCGGGCUGCAAAAUCGCCCGAUCCAGCGGCUAUGGCAAUGGGUCAACGCUUGACUCAAAUUCCGAUUUUUUCUUCGGAUCUGGGGCGAAAUGCAGGACAGAUCGUGGACCAAGUUGAUAUGGUCAUGUCCAACAUUCAUCCGUUCUUUGCAUAUACCUCAGCCACUGAAGCGGCGGAUUGGGCGUUCAAAAAUUUCAGGAAUGAGACAGUUGGGGCUGCUCGGGGGAAGCUCGCUGCAAUCUCUGAAAUUGGAUGGCCAAGCGGACCAGCCUCCGCCAAACUAGGCUCUGCUGUCCCCUCGAUUGAGAACCUUCAGAUAUUCAUCGACAGUUGGGUUUGCCAGGCUAACAAGAAGAGCAUUCCUUAUUACUACUUUGAAGCUUUUGAUGAGCCAUGGAAAAACUCCAUUAAUGCUCGGGAGUCACAAUGGGGAUUGAUGACAGUCAAUAGACAAUUAAAAGUCAGUCUGCCAUCAUGCUAG